CUUGCGCAAAACUCGAGAGGCGACGAUGCUCAAGCGCACGCUCCCGACGUCGACGCCGGCCGAGUACCCGAGCAAGAUCCAGAUCUUGUACCCGCGCCCGGACCAGAGCGGGCCGCGGGACGCCGCCGACGACGCCAAGCCCUUCGGCGCGUACUACUCGCCGCACCUGCCACCGAGCCUGCCGCCGCAGCGAGCGCACUAUGGCGAGUGGCCCAAGCCGCAGUGGGAGCCAUCGAUGGAGCACAGCGAGAGCGGCAAGCCAAUGCUGUACCCGCGCAGCCACGACGACCAAAGCGCUUUGCAACACAACACGCCGCAACAACAGCAUUUGCACCCUCCGCAGCAGCAGCAGCAUCAACACCAACAUGCGCAUCUGCAACAUCACGCCAAUGCUGGGCCCGCGAUGAAGCGGUCGUGGCGGGAGAUGGAAGAGCAUUUUGUGUGGCAGCGCGAGACCAAGCGCCGCGAAGACGAGUUUGACGACGCACCGAUCCUCGCGGCCUCGACGCCACCGCCCGAGCCCGUGUCGUCACCGACGUCGUCGGACGUGCUCGAGAAGGACGACGAGAAGCUUCUGAGCAAGGCGUCGGCCGGGAAGAAGCGCAACCGCAUGAAGGACGAGAUCGACACGUUGCGAAAAGAGAUCUUUGCCAUGACCAAGCAGAUCGACACGUUGAAGGCGCACCAUACUGGGAAGCACGCGCCGCGCGGGAAGGUGCUCUGGGCCGACAUUGCCAAGCAGCAGGAGGCCGAGCUCGGCCGCGUCGUGCACGAAAACCAGCAGCUCCGGCAGACGCUCGAGGAGCACCUCGGCAUUGCGCAAGACUACCUCGACUCCAUUUUGCCCAAGCAGCCGCCGACCAAAGACGUCUCGGCGCUCCCCGUCAUUAUGUGUCUCUAGAAGCUCCUAUUCCCGUACCAAUAAAUUCUCCAAGCUCUCUGCUCCUUGCCAAGGAUCUAGCCGGAUCCGACUCGAGAGUCAGUCGUCGAACGCGGGAUGAGGUGCUCGCCAUUACGUCGCCAGCGAUGAUACUCGUACGCGCAAUCACUGCUUUGAGACUUCGCUCGAGUCGAACCACUCCGACUAUAGUAUCCUUGAAGUUAGAGUUGGACUGUAGAACUGACACCUUGGUCCCCAACUGUUCUAUUUCAACACCUAGAGUAUAUAGUUUAGUCGAACUCGUC